AUGGUUGAAAUAAACCAAACAAAAUGCGAUCUAGCAUUCCAAAUUGUGUACCACCCGUUUUAUCGACUCUCCCAGUUUUGGACCCUUUCUGUAUCGUUAUUGGCAGUCCCUUCGCUUUUUUAUUUCUUGACGAAAAGAAUACUUCUUCUACCAUUUCAUGGAAAUUUGAAGUGCAUGUUAACAACAUAUUUUGUGAGCAUCUUUCUUUAUGCAAUCAUGUUAUCCUUAGAUUUUUCAUACCACUGCAUUGUACCAUUUUUCGCAACAUCCGGAUGCAGUUUGAUAAUCAAUGAAACAUUAUACAAGUAUGGACAUAUUAUAUCUUUGUUCCUUUUGACUACUCCAAUGCUUCUCCCGAUCGGAUUCUCAAUUGAGAGAUUCGUGGCUAUUGGAAUGGCUUAUCAGUAUGAAAAAGUCCAAACAUUGAUUGGACCAAUAUUGUCAUUUGUUCUGGUUGCUCCCAACUUCGUAGUCUUCUAUUUCAUAUUUCGAAACGAGGCAUUUACUGAUGUUUUCAUUUCGUUUCUGGCUCUUCCCAACACUUCCGCUCCAUCGUUCAACAAUUAUAUAUGGUUCCUUGUUUAUGCUAUGAUUGGAAACUUUUUCUGCAACUGUGUUCUUCUGAUAGUUCAUUUCCGGUUUAAGAAAAGAUUUCUCCUCGAGAACACAAAUUUAUCGGUGAGAUACGCUAUGGAGGAAAUAUCGCGGUCUUCAAAAUUCACAUUAAUUCUCACCUUCACCCAUCUUCUAUUCUUUGGGGCGUAUACCAUAGGCAGUAUUUUGGUGCGAACUUUGGGAGAAAACUUUUUUGGAAGCUUUUUGAACUAUUCAGUUGCCAGAGGGGUCAAUUGUGCAGUUCCAACAUACAAUUUGUUGAUUGCAUACAUUGGAAUUGUAUCUUUACGCCAUUUGAACGCCAGAAGACAGUCCAAAGUGUUGACGACAGUUAAAAUCAGACAGAAGGGACAUGAAGGAGCGAAGAAUUAUGAUAACAUUAUUAUGCAGCAAUGGGCAACUGUUUCUCCUAAAAGAAAUUGA